AUGAAGUGUACUAAAUGUCAGAUUGAUAAAUUAUCUAAAGAAUUUCCGGUCGAUACUAUUGGCCGAAAGUGUAUUCAUAUUCCUACUCAUUGUUUAAAGUGUUUAAUAAAACACUUUGAUGUUCAAAAGGCUCAACAAAAAUGUCCUGAAUGUGAAGUGAUUAUUUCAAAACAUGAGAUUAAAGAAUUAAAUCUAGCUUGGGAAAAAGCACUAUUUAGGAUUAGUCUUAAGAAUAUUUCGGAAAUUAAGACGAAAAAUAAAAAUAAUCCAGAUCAAAAUGGUGAAAAUAAUACAGCAAAAGGAAAUGUCUAUGUGAUUUUACUGAAUGGUACAAAAUUAACUUUUAAAUUGGAAGAUCUUAAUACUGUUGCGGAUUUAAAAGAAGCUAUAGAAAAACAAACUAAGGUUAGGAUUAAUAAACAAAAAUUAAGUUAUAAAGGCGCUGAAUUGAAAACUUUUUCAGAUCAAGGAACCAAAAAUCCAUUAUCUGAUUAUUCAAUAGUUCCUGAAAGUCAUAUCCAACUUAUGGUUUUAUUAUAUUCUAUUUCAAAAGAAUUAUCUAUUAAUGCAUUAACUUUUGAUUUAUUCUGGGGAUAUCCAACAACCGGAAGUGAUUUUCUGGACGGCACUUGUAUGCUUUAUACAGGAAUUGGAUCAGAGAGUCAGCAUUAUCGAACUUUUGACUAUGCUGCUACAAGAUUUAGUGAUAUUCCCAAUAUUUCGCAUUCUGGUGAUAUUAUGGACCAUAUUAAUCAAAGAGGACAUCAUUGUAUUACAGCAAAUUUAGCAUCAAUGCCUCCUGAUGUUACAAAAUUAUAUUUCAUUUUGAGCGCAUAUAAUUCACCGAAUAUUGGAUGUUUUCCGAACCCUUCAUUUAAUAUGUUUGACCCUUCAAAUCCUGAUGCACAACUAUGUUCUUAUACUAUACAAUCCGCUGCUGACUCGCAAGCAGUCAUAAUGUGCGUAGUUGAAAAAAAUGAUAUAAAUAGUUGGAAUGUAUUUGAAAUUGGUAAAUUAUCUGCCGGUAACGCGAUGAAUUAUCAACCAAUUCUAAAUACUAUUAAUGGUAUAAACCAAUAUUAA